CACCAGAGAGUAGUAUAACCGCCGUUGUACCAAGGAAAAAAAAAAAAAAAGCGCAAAAAACGUCCGGCACGACUCGCAAAGUCGCCUUUGCAUCGCAUGCCCUCUCCAACUUUGUUCUACUUUCCGGAGACCGAAGCCUUAUCCUUUAAACACCAGUCCUUCCAUUCGAUCAGGCGGUGGGAUUAAUCAUCAAAUGGACGGGGAGCCGUCGCCGGCGGUAGCGACCGAGGUCUCGGGGCCUCCAUCUCCAGGGGUAUCGCCGGUCCGCCUCGCCGAUGGCAUGGAGGAGCUCGUCCGCUUCACCCUUGCCGCCGCCGGCGAAGGCCUGGACGAUUGUGAUGUGCUGCUGUCCAGGGACUACUGCAUCCACCUGCUCCAAGAUGAGUCCAACCCCACGGAUCCCCAUCUCAACGAUCUUGGGAAUGUCUGUGGAGGUGUUCCAGUAUAUCCUUUGUAUAAACAUUUGGCACGAGCAAUAGAGCAAUGCAUAAAUUCUGGAACUUUCCGGAGAACAACCAACUCUGUGGUAUCUGUUCCUCUUGAUGAGUCCUUGAAGAUGAGAGAGAACGAAUGGAGUAAGCUGAUCUUGGAUAAAGGAUCCGAAUUGUUAAAGAUGUUUAAAGCUGUAGAGUUUGAGCUCCAUGUUCAAGAACCAUUCUUCUCACAGCUGAGAGCUGGUCUGAAAACAGUUGAAGGGAGGUGUGCAACUGGUGAUUAUAAUCGGAUCACACCAGGUUCUUUACUUCUCUUCAACAAAUGCCUCUUGUUUGAAGUUCAGGAUGUUAGAUGGUAUAGUUCAUUCUCUGAGAUGCUGCAAGAAGAGACUCUUGCUAAAGUCCUUCCUGGAGUUAAAACUAUUGAAGAAGGUGUGAAAAUCUACCGCAAGUUUUACUCAGAAGAGAAGGAAAAAUCUAAAGGUGUCCUGGCAAUUUCUGUUUCAAAAGUAGCUUCUCAGCCAUAUAUAUCUAUGGCCAACCUACUUUCUGGAUUAAGUUAUGAUGGUGUGGGAAGUCUUCUUGGUAUGAGACAUACUGUUGGAACAGUUCUGGAUGCACUACCUCCUCCAAGAUCAUUUUUGAUAUCAUCUUCUAUGAAUCCUCAUCGACCAAAUGUUAAAGGUUGUUCCUUAACUGAUGCGGCAAGGGCAUUGGCGAAACAUGUAAACAGGAGUAGUGAUGGAUGGUGGGGUGAUUUUUAUGGAAGUGAUUCGAAAAAGAACACGCUUGCAUUAGAAGUAAUCAAUCGCUUGUUAACGAAUUGCUGUUGGAUGAAUGUCCACUUGAUUAAACCUUAUGAUUGUGUCUUUGAGAUACGGGUCAGUGAAGGCUAUGGUGCUCGGUGGUCUAAAGAUGGCUCAAAGUUUAUCGGUUUUUUGGAGCCAUACACAGAAGAAGGCUUUGCAAAGGGAUGGAAAUGUUAAAGACUCUUCUCUCCCUGAUGGUUGCUCAUCGGCUUUCAAUUGGGGGCAAAAUCUGCUGUAGAUGACAGUUCCUCACUUCCUUGAGUACUUUGGGAGCGUGUGGGAUAUUACUGUUUAACUGGAUUUGCUUUUCUCAAACUGAAAGUAAAAGCAAAUAGCACUGAUAGGAUAUAUGUGGGUGGACUACUUGCUCUUACCCCUUAAGCACUGGAUAUGGCCCUGUCAAGUCAUGAUGAGCAGAGAAAGUGCCACAUAGGCUGUUCUUCAUGUAGAAUGAAUUGUCUUAAGAUUCCAACAAGUGUGCAAUAAUUGUUUCUUUUUUUUUUUCUUGUCUUUAGAUGCAUAUUUAAGCAUAUGAAGAUAUAUGUGGAGAUCUUUUAGUCAUUCACUGGUAUUAAAGUUAUAUAUUAUGUAUUAAUGACCUUAUCAAAGCAAUGAACUCAGUUAGCCAGUGCCAUGUUCCAAUACAA